UCAUCUAACUUUAAUUCUGAGCCGCUAAGCGUUGUUGGGUGAUCUUCAAGCUUUACUGGGCUAGCAGGCUACCUUAGGUAUUGUACCUAGCAGCCUACCUAGGUACUUAAAUGUAUUACAUAAUUAGAAGGCUUCACCUAUCGGCAUCCAGCUUGAUACAUGUAGCUUCAAUAUGAUAGCGUCGAUAAGUCGAGCUCAUCCCGCAGAACUUUAUUUUUCACAAAUCUAAAAGACGACGUCAUUCGGAAAAGACGACUGGCUAGUCCGUGUCAACAACUUCUUAAUUCUUAAUCCCAUAUCUAACCCUCUGUUGCUCGUCAUUGAAUAUCUACCGAUAUCUACCAUGGGCAUCUUCGGUUUAUUCGGUUCCGCCGACGAGAAGCGCAAAGAGGAAGUGCGCACUGGUGCGCGUGCGCCAGAUAGAACAGAGCGGCAGAUAUGUUGGGAUGCGCGCGACAAAUUCUACAGAUGUCUAGACAAGCACGAUGUUAUCGACUCGCUAAACGGCGACGGCAAGAAAAUUGCCGAGAAGCAAUGUGGGCAGGAGAAUAAGGAUUUCGAACAGAACUGCGCCAGCGCCUGGGUAACUUACUUCAAGCGAUAUCGAGUUGCCGAGCACCAAAAGAAGAAGACACUGGAAAAGUUACAACAAGAGGGCGCAAAUAAAAUGGUAGUCGAAGGAUCUACGAGAACAUAAAGCAACUGCUCUUACCUGGUAGACGUUGGAUAUAAUCUGCAUUGUCGUGUACAUAAUCCGAAGGCAUUAAGAGGAGUUACGGCUUGGGAAAAGGAUACACAUUGAUAUUCUCCCUUCUACUGGAUUUCUAUUCAUAUAUAAGAGUCAAGGGCCAGGCUCACGGCAGCUAUGGAACUUGCUCUUUGCCGGCACGGGAGGCCGCGAGGCCUCCGAUGAGUUUGUAAGAUUUAGCAAU